AUGGGGUCCCUUAGUUCAACGGUUGAUGGCCCGAAGGAUGCCCAACGGGUAAUGUCACUUGCCCUGUUCGGUUACUUCAAACCAACGGUCAACGGAAAGCUAUCCCCUCCGCAACUCCCCGACAGCCCACCGCCAUCUGCAGUGGCAAUCCGUCUCUUACCUCCCAAUCCCAACUUCUGUUCUAAUGCCCCUCUUUGA